UGCCUAAAUUGUAUUUCCUUGAUAUUAGCAACAACUACAUGUCAGGUGAGAUUCCUAGUUCAAUGGAUAACAUGACAUCGUUAGGAACACUAAUCAUGCGAAAUAAUUCAUUCAAUGGUGAUUUCCCAUGUGCACUGGUUCCAAGUGUGUUUAUGGACAUCUCUUAUAACUCAUUUUCGGGAUCAAUACUUCCUUCUUGCUCAAACCCAAACCUACAACACUUGAAGCAUAUGCAUUUGCAAGGUAAUAAGUUUACAGGGUUAAUUUCAAGAGCUCUCCUUAAUUCAUCAUAUCUUUUGACUCUGGAUAUUAUAUUAGAGACAACUUCUUUUUUGGCAGCAUUCCUGAUUCCAUUAGACUACUGUCCAACCUCAGAAAUUCUUCUGUUCAGAGGGAACCAACUAAGCGGUUCAAUUCCAAUUCAAUUGUGUCAACUAAAUAAGAUGAGUUUGAUGGACCUUUCCAAUAACUAUUUCAAUGGUUCUAUACCUCCUUGUUUUGGGAAUAUCACCUUCGGCACAAUAAGGGCUAAUGACCUUGCCUUCAGUGAAAUGUCAAUGUAUUCUUUCUCCAGUGUGGGUCUAAAGUUUGGAGGCCUCUCAGACCUCAGUUUUUUGUACCAUUAUGAUCAUAGCAAUUAUGAUAAAGUAGACGAAGUUGAGUUUGUCACAAAAAGUAGGAGUAGCUCUUACAUUGGCAAAAUCCUUAAUAACAUGUCCGGAUUGGAUUUGUCAUGUAACGAACUAACAGGUAACAUACCUUUUGAAUUAGGAAAUCUAAGUAGUGUUCAUGCACUAAACUUGUCUCACAAUCUUUUGACUGGACCCAUCCCGAAGACCUUCUCUAACCUUAUCCAGAUAGAGAGUUUGGACCUUUCUUACAACAGUUUGAGUGGAAACAUCCCAACAGAACUAAUCAAUCUAAAUUUUUUGGAAGUGUUCACUGUGGCUUACAACAAUUUAUCAGGUAAAAUAUUAGAUAGCAAAGCACAGUUUGGGACCUUUGAAGCGAAUAGUUAUGAGGGAAAUCCAUUUCUUUGUGGACCGCCAUUGGAGAAAAGUUGUACAGCCAUUGUUGACUCACCACACUUGCCAAAAACAGUAUCCUUAGAUGAAACUGAGGGGAAAUGGUAUGAUAUUGAUCUAGUGGCAUUUUCUGCAAGUUUUGUUGGAACAUACAUCACUUUCUUGUUUGGAUUUGUUGCUAUUCUUUACAUCAACCCGUAUUGGAGACAAAGGUGGUUCUAUCUGAUUGAGGAGGGUCUGUAUUCUAGUUACUAUUUUGUUUCUGAUUCUCUUUGCAAGAUAUUACGCCUUUUGUAUUAGUAGCUAUGGUUUGUUUCCACGGACAAGUAUAGCAAAUGUUGUUUUCUGAUUCGUAACAAGCUAUUAGGCCUUUUGUAUUAUAUUAGCUAUGGUUUGUUUCCAUGGACAAGUAUGGCAAAUGUUGUAAUAGUGCUAGCUUUGUGUUGCUUAUGAAUGAAUAAAUUGAGACAUA